UCUGAAGUCUUCUUAUCUUGAAUUUGAGACAAUAACGUUGUGAAUUUAUAUUAAUCAUCUGUGUAACCAUGCAUUUUGGAUUUUGUUUGCUAGUUUUAAUUCCGUUAAUUAGUGCUCAUGUGCCAGUAAAGAAUAACGAUGAUGCUGUAAUUCAUUUCUUCGAGCAUCAGUAUGAGGAAUUGAAAGCUCUUAUAGGGGAUUUAGAGUCUAAAUUGGAAUCCACGGAGGAAAUGAACAUUGAAUAUGCUGACAGAUUAACUUCUGCUGAAAAACUGAUCAAGGAUCUUAGCAAUAGCCAUGAGGAUCAAAGAAGAGCAUUCACUGACUCGCAAGUUGCUUUCUAUGCCAAAUUGUCUGGCAGUCUACAUGGAUUGAGUGCUCAUCAAACCAUCAAAUUCGAUGAAAUUGUAACAAAUACAUCAGCGUCUCUUUAUGACACAGCAACUGGUAUUUUUACCGCUCCUGUUUCCGGCAUGUACGUCAUUUCCUGGACAGCUAAUGUCAACUAUAAACAGGCUCAGGCAACGGAACUGACGGUCAAUGAUGUAGUUAAAGCCUCGGCCUACACCGACACUGCGCAGGGUGGUGACGGUGAUUAUGGCAGUGCCUCUCAGACAGUUGUCUUGCAGGUAAACAAAGGUGAAAAAGUUCUCGUAAGAACUGGAACCGACGGGAGUGGCGAUGUCCAUGGCGCUGAUUAUAGUACAUUCUCAGCGUUUUUACUCUUCCCUCAUGCUUAAAGACUUGAUUUGCAAUUCUGCCUUUUUGAUAUAUUAAAUUCGAAAAAGGAAAUACAGUUAUAUAAUUAAGAAUAUACGAUCAAUCUUUACAUAGGCUUUG